AACUCAUGAUCAUGGUGAACACUCGAAGUGAUAACCGUGCUAGCCGAAAUCGCAGGGAUGAUGAUGCAACGGACCCGUCGUCUGUCCGCGUCCCGCGAUCGGUCUCCCCGAGCGCGUCCGCCGCCCAAGAAAAUGGCGCCGGUGACGCCUCGCGCAUAAUCUACGAGUCCUUUCGAGAAGCAUCUACGAGCGCGUCUCCCGCCUGCGAAAUCGGCGCUGCUGACGCCUCGCGCUCCAAUCACCACAACCGAUCCGGCGACAGCCACGUAGCCCCCGCCGAAGCCACCUUCUCCAGCGAGCACGUGUCAACAAUAGUAGAGGCACUACAGCGGAGCCAAACAGAGGUUUUGAAAUCAUUAUUUGAAACGAUACGGCACAACACAUCAACACCAGUGCCCGCAUCACAUGCACACGCGAACUUCGCCCGAUGUACCGCGCGCUUUAGUGGGACUGCAGGUGAGUCGCUUGAUGCCUUCUUGGAUGCGGCCGAGGCCUAUCGCGAUUGCUCCGACAUCUCGGAUGAGAACGCCGUCCGGGGAUUGUCGAUGCUGUUGUGCGGCGACGCCGCCGUCUGGUGGCUGGGUGUGAAGUCCUCCAUAUCUUCGUGGUACGAUGCCGUAUCAGGCCUACGAGACGCUUUCGGUGAUCGCAGACCUCCACACCGUAUAUACGCUCAACUAUUCAAACGAGGUCAACAAAACGAUGAAAGAACGGACCGUUUCAUCGCUGUGACGCGCGCUCUUCUCGCGAAGCUACCUGCCGGCGACCUAAGCGAGAAAGUCCAGCUGGACAUGAUCUACGGACUCCUCAGCCGCCGCGUACGGGAAAGACUUCGCCGCGACGAAGUAAGUUCAUUCGACGUGCUCCUGCAAAGAGCGCGCCAAAUUGAAGACGCGACGGACGAACUUCGCUACGAGCACGACGCCUCAANAACAGUUUCUGCUUACAAACCAGGGAUCAGUUAA